AUGAGCACCUUCCGCGACCCCGUCGUCGUCGUCCUCGACACUGGCAGGACAAUCAUCCGCGCAGGCAUUGGCAUUUUCGACCUCCUUCGUCCCCCCACGGUCGAAAUUUCCGCCCGAGUAGGACUCCGCUCAACAGCACCAGAUGCAGAGAAUGGUGCACCCGAACCUUCCGGGCCCCAGCCUGGCCCUUCCACUUCCAAGUCGCCUUCUACUGCCAAGGUGACCGACUACCUCGUCGGUGCUCAGCUCGAUGAAGCCGUUGCCGCAGGCCACGACAUCGCCAUUUUUUGGCCAUUUGCAGAGGGAGAUAUUGCUGACUGGACCCAGGCAGAAGCACUCUGGAAAUACGUGCUGUUCAAACAACUACAGCUCCGACGCGCCCAGAUGGAGUCCCCGGUCCUUCUCUCCAUUCUCCCGGGGCUCUCGCGCGACGCGUACGAGCGCAUCUGCCAGAUCUUCUUCGAGCGCUUCAACGUCGCCGGCUUCGGCAUCCUCGACCGCCCCGUCGCGCAGUUUUACGCCGUCAUCUCGGGCAACCAGCUCAGUGGCGUCAUCGUCGACAUCGACCGUGACCACACGGACAUCACGCCUAUCUACGACGGGUUCGUCCAGCACACCGCGCGCACGAGCACUCCCCUCGGCCUCCGCGACUGCCAGCUCUACCUCGCCCACCUCCUCCACUCGAACCAGUCCGUCGUGGCCGCGCUCUCGCCGCCCGCCAGCCCACUCAGCCCGGAGGCGCUCCAGCCGGUGCUACUAGAGCUCGCAGAGCAUAUCUGGCAGGAGGGCCUCAUCAAGGCGCUCGCGGAGGGCGAGGCCGCGCGGGACAUCGAGGAGGAGGGCGUCACGGACAUCGCGGCGGUCCUCGUCGCGGGUAAGGAGAAGGCCGUCAUCGAGUCGGGCAUGAAGAAAAAGGCGAACGCGAAGGCGUCCGCCGCCGAGCAGGCGCGCGCGCGUGAAAUCGAGGCGCUCGAUCUCGUCACCGUUCAGUUCCGUGGGCACACGCUCACGGUGGGUAAGGAGCGCCAUCGCUUCUGCGAACCCCUGUUCGAUCCGAACCUACUUACGAGCCUGCCGGGUAUUGAGCCCAAGGCGAGAAAGGAUGUGCCGAUUUUGCCCAUCCAGACUGCGGUUGGGGAGGCUGUUGGACGAACUGAGGUGGACCAGAGAGCAUAUAUUUGGCAGGGGCUGUUCGUGACCGGAGAGAUCACGAACCACAUAAAAGGGCUGGGAGCCGCGCUACAAGGGCGUCUGGCAUCGUUCAUCCUCACCAGCCCGGAUCCGCAACAAAAUGAAGUGCAGCCGCGGAUCAUACGGGUGCUGAAGGUGCCAGACUAUUUCGCGGAAUAUCGGGAGAAGGGAGAUGGGUUGGCGUCCUUUCUGGGUACGAGCAUCGUUGCAAAAAUAACAUUCAUUGAUAUGACGGGUGGUAAGAACUUUGUGUCGAAAACGGACUAUGUGAGCACAGGACCACGGACGAUUCUGGGAAUGUCACCCUCGUUGCUGUAG